AUGUCGGAUGUGGCGGAGUUCGAACGCGCCGUGCUGAUUGCCUUCCACUUCUGUAACGCCGUCAAGGCCCAGGCGGACGGUUGGCGAGCCGAGCUGCAGCUAUUUGAGCAUUCCGAGCACGAACAGGUCAAGUUUUACGCUUUACAGGCACUUCAGGAGGCGCUGGCCAAAGGUGUAGCGGACGAUGUGGCCUUGGCCGUCCGCGUGGAGCUGUUGGCCUGGCUGCAGAGUCAUGUGGCGUACGUGGAGAGCAAAUCGCCCUUCCUCAAGACCAAACUGGCCGUCGUUAUCACCCUACUCAUCAAAAGAGAUUACCCGGAUCGGUGGCCAACAGCCUUCACUGAGCUAUUAGCGCUCUUGCCGCAAGGCGCGUCUAUCGUGGAGAUGUACUUUCGUAUUUUACAGGCUAUUAAUGAGGAAAUCGUCGAGUUUGACGCACAGAGGACGCAGCAGGAGGCCGCGCACAAUAUGAGAAUCAAGGACGCCAUGCGCGAAGGAUCCUGCAUGCGGGAGAGCUUCGACGCCAUCGCGCGCGUGCUGGUUAAUGCGGAUGCGAGCGACGUCAUGCGUCAGCUGAGUGCGAGUGCACUGGAAACGCUCAAGAGAUACAUUAGCUGGGUGGAUAUCGGCCUCGUGGUGAACGAUACGCUGUGGCCAUUGCUGGUUAAACUGCUGCGCGAGAGCGAGACGUUCCGCUGUCAAGCGGCCAAUUGCGUGUUCGAGGUUAUUGACAAAGGUAUGACGCCGGAGAAGAAACUGGCCAUGCUACAGCAACUGCAGAUUCUGGAAAUGUUGGCCGCGUUGCCGAUCCGGGAGGACGAGGAGUUUGCCGAGGAAAUCGGCGAAGUAAUUAACUCUGUCGGAGUGGAACUUGUGACGUGUAUGGACGCCUUCCGUCACACAAACCGGGCCGACUUGCUGCAGGCCAGCGGCGCUCUGUUGUGUCAACUGAUGCCGCUUGUAUGGGAGCUGUUUGCGCACGAAUCGAAGGACGUGUCCGAGGAAGUGUUUGAGAUUGUUAAUGCUGUGGGCGGCGCGUUGCUACGUACAGAGACACAGGCGGCCGGAAAGCCCCAAAGCGAGGCGGAAGUGUUCCGGCCGUCGGCGUACAUUCCGCAGAUUUUGCAUGGAAUCUAUCGACAGACGCGGUUCCCGGAAGACUCGGACUCGGAUGUUGCAGAGUUCGAAGAGUACCGACGCAGUCAGUACACGAUUUUCCUUAACAUUAUUCGCCAGCGUCCGCAUGACACGCUCGCUUUCCUCACGAACCUGGCUCAAACGCUGCCGGCGCAGUUCGCUGAGAUUGAUCCGCGUGACCUUGAGAGCUUCUUAUCGCUGGUGUAUCGAUUCAAGGAAGGGAUUGCGCCCUUGAAAGCUGUAGCUGCUCCUUUCAACGAGCCCACGAGUCCGCUGUCUCUCAUGGUCGUGCAGAUUCACAGCAGUAUGCUGGCCGCGUCUAAUAGCGCGGCAGUGUUGCACCCGUCUGUGCUGCUUACGUACUUCGAUUUCGCUGUACGGUACAGCAAAGUACUUCAGAACGAGUCUGCGUUGAUCCCCGCAGUACUGGAGAUGAUGUUCGGCCCACGCGGACUGGCACAUUCUGCCGCGCACGUGCGUUCUCGUGUGUGUUACCUGUGCUUGCGGCUUGUGAAGGCUAUCGGAGCCUCGGUGAACCCUCACGCGUCCAGUAUUCUAAACGCGUUGCAGCCACGUCUCGCGAUUGCCAACGAGCGCCAAGAGAUCGCUAGCAAAAACAACCCAACGUAUCUAGCGUACGAUGACCAGUUGUACCUGUUCGAGCUCGCGGGCCAGAUUAUCGUUUCGCUCGUGCUCCCACCAGAGGAAACAGGUGUGAAUGUCAAACAGCUACGAUACCGGUACACGAUCGCCGUGCUGGACCCGCUCCUGCAAGGCUUGAAUACAACACUCAAUGAGUUGGCGAACGGCACACUAACUGAUGAAGAGUAUGUUACGGAACGUUGCGCUUCUCACCUUAACGCGAUCGCCCACGUACUGAAGGCGUUCAAGGGCACAGACUGUAUGGCGAACCACCAGGAAACGUUUACACAGGUGCUCACGGCCGCGGCGUGCGUGCUGCGUGCACUGCCCCGUACGCCGCGCGUACGCUCUAAGGUUAUAUUCACACUACACCGCUUGACUACUGUGCUAGAUCGUGAACAUUUCCUGGGCAACGUACAGGAGACACUGCAGACGCUGAUGAUGGGCUGCGAACAGCCUGAAGUUGUGGAGAUCGUGCAGCUGGUGGACCAGCUUAUUAUCAAGCACAAACAGGCUCUGGGCGGAUUCCUGGACAAGACGACACUGCCAUUCGUACAGCACCUAUGUGCGUUGAUGCCCGAAGGCAGCGCGACGACAAACAGUGAGACGAAGGACGCGCCGCAGCUCGAACGUGAAGCCACACAGAAGUAUCUUUACACGUUCCUGCUGCACCUGGUCACGCACGGCCUGGAUGCCGUGCUGAUCAGCGCGCAGAACGUCGCGCAGCUGGAAAACAUGCUGCGUCUCGUGUUGGAAGGCUGUGCCGAGGUGCAAGACGCUAACAUAAACCGCGCGUGCUUCUCGAUAGGUAGUAUGCUGGUAGAGCGUUGGAUCGGCAACGGGAUGGCGCCGUCGCCGGCGAGCGAGGCGUCCGGCACGGCAACAGCUGCCACGUCGGCAGCGUCCAUGGCUCUGCGUGCUGAACUCCGCGCCGAACUAUCCGUCGAUGGCAAGGCGCGGUUCACGCAGAUUGCCGUGCAGGACUUCACGCGCGCCAUGUUCGCCGUGACCAAGAUGCGUCACUUCGACAUCGACGACAUGCAGACAAUGCUGGCUGUCAAGGAAAUCGUCAACAUGCAGGCGGUCCUGGCGGCGUCACUGGGCGUCGAGUACUUGACGUUCCUGCGCGACGUGUUUCUGCCGUCGCUGGGCUGUCCGCCAGAACUCGCAGGCCCGUACACGGAACAGGUCGCGACGGGAGACCGCAAGAAGAUCCUGAACGCGUACAAGGCGCUGGUGAGCAGGAUGAAUUAG